AUGGCUGGAGCACCAGUGCCGUCUUCUUCUCCCUCGCUGACCCCGUGGGGAUGGGCCGUGCUCCUCGCCAAAAUCGGGAAAAUAUUCGCCGGCCUCGUAUGCAAAUCUGUUUGCUACUCCAUAAGCAGUAGAUCAACACAUGUGGCCAGUUUACUGGAGAAAAAGAGAUCCUUCCAUUCCUACAUCGCGUAUCAGGGUCUGAUAGACUUCCAGUGCGGUCUCACAGCAGUCGAAAAACAGUCAAUCCUUUUUUCAUCAUCAACGACAUGCCAAAUAUUUGCGCAAAGUCUCAACCUGCCCCAUGCUAAAGUGACUCUUCCAGAUGGUACCAUUGCACAUUUGCUCGGUGGAUCGUCAUCUUCCGCGAAAUCGUGUAGCGAUUAUAUCCCAUUCUGGAACAGCUCCCGCAGAAUAAAGGAGGCAGAAGACGCAAAACGAAACGCAAAGAGAGUUAUCGUGUAUUUUCAUGGCGGAGGUUACGCCGCCCCCGUCUUGCCGCAGCACCUCCAUCUCUUAUAUGGGCUUGAAAAAAAGCCUCGGUGGGGAGAGGACGUGAUUGUCUACCUUCUAGCUUAUAGCCUCGCGUCUGAUCAUGCGAAUCCAUAUCCUACUCAACUCCGUCAGGCUAUUUCAUUACUAGACCACGUCCUCAACACCGAGAACUUCCCGCCUUCUAGCAUUACUCUUAUUGGGAAUUCUGCCGGCAGCAAUCUUCUCCUUGGCCUGCUACUGCAUCUCUCGCAUCCUAACCCAGAUCUUCCACCUCUCCAUCUACAAAAUAACGAGCAGCUAGCCGCAGCAGCUGUAAUCUCGCCCUGGUGUACCAUGGAGGUAUCCGCUGCUGCAAUGAAAGCCAAUGCUGAUAAGGACGUUCUUGCACCCUCGGCCAUCGCGUAUUGGGGACGAAAUUUUCUGGGUGGCCGUGCCCCUGAUCCGUGGAAUACACCUCUGAUAGCUCCAGCGGCCUGGUGGGGGGAUGUGAAGGUCGAUGAAAUGCUGUUAUUGUAUGGAGAGGACGAGAUUCUGCGAGAUGACACAGCCAUUCUAUGCGAAACAAUCAAGGCAACCAAUCCAACACGCACUACGGUUCACAGAUUUCAGGGAGAGUGCCAUGAACAGAUGGCGAUGAACAAGCUGUUGAGAUUGCCCGGUACCUGCGAGUCUGAGAAGGUAUACGCUGCGUGGAUGAAGGAGCGAUUUCUGUAG